CUAGCAACCUGCAGCUGGACCGCAUCUCCGUGUACUACAGUGAAGCCACAGGUGGCAAAUUUGUUCCUCGUGCUAUCUUGGUGGAUCUAGAACCAGGGACCAUGGACUCUGUUCACUCAGGUCCUUUAGGUCAGAUCUUCAGACCAGACAACUUUGUUUUUAGUCAGUCGGAGGCAAGCAACAGCUGGGCCAAGGGCCACUAUACAGAGGGGGCCAAGCUGGCUGACUCGGUCCUGGAUGUGGUUCGGAAGGAGGCCGAGAGCUGUGACUGCCAGCAGGGCUUCCAGCUGACCCACUCGCUGGGAGGGGGCAUGGACUCUGGAAUGGGCACCUUGCUCAUCAGCAAGACCUGUGAAGAAUAUCCUGACCACAUCCUGAACACCGUCAGUGUGGUGCCCUCACCCAAAGUGUCCGACCCUGUGGUUGAGCCCUACAACGCCAACGCCCAUGAGCUGGUGGAGAACACUGAUGACACUUACUGCAUUGACAACAAGACCCUCUACGACAUCUGUUUCUGCAACCUCAAGCUGACCAUGCCAACCUACAGGGACCUGAACCACCUCAUCUCAACCACCAUGAGUGGUGUCACCACCUGCCUCUGCUUCCCUGGCCAGCCCAAUGCUGACCUCAACAAGCUAGCAGUCAACAUGGUGCCCUUCCCACGGCUCCACAUCUUCCUGCCUGGCUUUGCCCCUCUGACCAGCCGUGGAAGCCCACAGUAUCGGGCCUUCCCUGUGCCCGAGCUCACCCAGCAGGUCUUAGAUGCCAAGAACAUGAUGGCUGCCUGUGACCCCCGCCAUGGCCCGUACCUCACCGUGGCUGCUGUCUUCCGUGGAUGGACGUCCAUGAAGGAGAUGCAUGAGCAGAUGCUCAACGUGCAGAACAAGAACAGCAGCUACUUCAUGGAAUGGAUCCCCAACAAUGUCAAGACGGCCGUCUGCGACAUCCCACCCCAUGGCCUCAUAAUGGCGCUCACCUUCACUGGCCACAGCACGGCCAUCCAGGAGCUGUUUAAGUGCAUCUCAGAGGGGUUCACUGCCAUAUUCCUCCAGAAGGCCUUCCUCCACUGGUACACAGGUGAGAGCAUGGAUGAGAUGGAGUUCACCAAGGCUGAGAGCAACAUGAACGACCUUAUCUCCGAGUACCAGCAGUACCAGGAUGCCACUGCAGAAGAGGAGGAUUUCAGUGAGGAGGCUGAAGAGGAGGCCUAA